CCAGCAGGCACGUCGCGUUUCUUCGCGUUCCACUUAAACUCGUCUCAACACCGCCAGCUUCCCCUGACGAACCUUUCCUUAUCCAUUCGUUUCCCUUAAUCCACCCCACGACUAAACUGUAUUUAAUUAUCGACAGAAAUCGUCAACUACGUCGAGAUGGGGGAGAAAUCGGCCACGGCCCGCACUCCUGCGAAGACGCCGUCGACAGCGAAAAAGGCACCUUCAACGGGCAAGCAACAGAGCAGCAUCCUCGGCUUCUUCUCUAGGCCAGCCGGAGCCGGAAGCGUCAAUGGAGCUAGCCCUUCGCCAUCCGUCAAGCCGGCGUCCAGGAACAAAAGGGACGCGUCGCCACAAUGCUUGAAGGAAACAACCCGAGCCAACUCGAUGCUUGGCUCGAGGCGCACCACAGCAACCACACCCGUUCCCAGCAGCGAUGCUAUCGAGCCCUCGAGCUCCCAAGAAAACAGGGAUACGAGUACUGUCAAGAAGUCGGUUGUCAGUGCCAACCUACAGAGCAGCCCGACGCGGAAGGUCAAAAAGGUGGUUAGCUACGCCGAAUCCUCUGACGACGACGACGACGACGCGGUCUUUGCCACCAUGAAGGCCAAGCGGUCCGUACAACGCCGUUCUCGCGCUGCCGUUCCAGAUGAGGAUGAGGAUGACGAGGACACAUAUGAGGCGGAGGCGAACGACUUGGAGGAGGACGAUGACGAUCUGGCCGACUUCGUUGUCUCGGACGACUCCGACGCGCCCUCCAAGUCGAAGAAGCGGAAGCGACCAGCAGCCAAAUCCUCGGCCCCGCGCAAGAAGUUUAACCCUUCUUCGUCUCCCAGCCGUGACCAACGCUCCCCUGCCGCCGACGACGAUGAAGUGAUGGAGGAUAUUCCGCCCUCGACUUCAACCGCCCAAAAGUGGACGUACGACCCGGACAAUAUCGAGCCCAGCAAACCUGCCACCAAGGUCGCCCCUCCCACACGAAAGCCAACGAACCCAAAGACGAAGCCCAAGGCACACACUAAGGAACCAGAGGAAAGAUACCCGUGGCUAGCCAACAUUUUAGACAGCAACAAAAACCCUCCGGGGCACCCGGAGUUUGACCCAACCUCCAUCUACAUCCCCCCUUUGGCUGAGCGGGGCUUCUCACCCUUUGAGAAACAGUAUUGGGACAUCAAGAAGAAGCUCUGGGAUACCGUCGUCUUCUUCAAGAAAGGCAAAUUCUACGAGCUUUACGAGAACGACGCGACCAUCGGGCACCAGCUGUUCGAUCUCAAGCUCACCGACCGCGUCAACAUGCGCAUGGUUGGCGUUCCCGAAAGCUCAUUGGACAUGUGGGUCAACCAGUUCGUGGCCAAGGGCUACAAGGUCGCUCGCGUCGACCAGAUGGAGUCUGCUCUGGGCAAGGAGAUGCGCGAGCGCGACAGCAACGCGAAGAAGGCCGACAAGAUCAUUCGCCGAGAGCUGGCAUGCAUUUUGACCGGCGGCACCCUCGUGGAUGGCAGCAUGCUGCAGGACGACAUGGCCACGUACUGUGCAGCCAUCAAGGAGUCGGUCGUCGACGACAAGCCCGCGUUUGGGAUUGCGUUUGUUGAUGCCGCAACCGGACAGUUCUUCCUCUCCGAAUUCGAGGAUGAUGUCGACUUGACCAAAUUCGAAACGUUUGUCGCCCAGACGUCGCCUCGGGAGCUGGUUCUGGAGAAAUCGCGGUUGUCUACCAAGGCCUUGCGUAUCCUGAAGAACAACACGGGCCCAACUACCAUCUGGAACAACCUCAAGUCAGGGACCGAGUUUUGGGAUGCUGAUCUCUCGAGACGUGAGCUGGAGUGUGGCGGCUAUUUCGUCCCCGAGGGAGGUGAGGAGGAGGUGUGGCCUAAAACGCUCGCGGAAUCGAAAGACAAGGACUUGGCGAUGUCGGCCCUGGGAGGCUUGACUCAUUACCUCCGUGUGCUUAUGCUCGACCGGAACCUAUUGUCCCAGGGCAACUUCGCGUGGUACAACCCCAUCCACCGAAACGGCACCCUAAUCCUCGACGGCCAGAGUCUCAUCAAUCUCGAGAUAUUCACCAACACGGCCAACAACGGUCCUGAGGGCACGCUAUUCAACCUCCUCAACCGGUGUAUCACUCCAUUUGGCAAGCGUCUCUUCCGCCAAUGGGUCUGUCACCCAUUAUGCAACACGCAAAAGAUCAAUGAGAGGCUCGACGCUGUUGACAUGCUGAAUGCCGACCGGAGCAUCCUCCAGCAGUUUUCGUCACAAAUGGCCAAGAUGCCAGACCUCGAGCGCCUGAUCUCUCGUAUCCAUGCCGGUGCUUGUCGGCCCCAAGAUUUCGUACGAGUUCUUGAAGGCUUCGAGCAGAUUGACUACACAAUGGGUCUUCUGAGUGCCUUUGGCGGUGGUAACGGCCUUGUCGACAAGCUCAUCGCCUCCAUGCCCAAUCUCAAGGAGCCCCUGGGCUACUGGGAAACUGCCUUUGACCGGACAAUGGCCCGGGAUGGCAAACUUAUCCCGGGAAAGGGCAUCGAAGAGGACUUUGACAACAGCCAGAGUGAACUCGAGCGGAUCAAGGGGGAGUUGCAUGCCCUGCUCGAGAAGCAGAAGACAUCACUCAAGUGCAAGACAGUCAAGUUCACCGAUGUCGGCAAGGAGGUCUACCAGAUAGAGGUUCCCAAGGCCGUCAAAGUUCCUACGAACUGGCGCCAGAUGUCGGCCACGGCAGCUGUCAAGCGCUACUACUUCCGAGGCUUAGAAGACCUCGUUCGGGAGCUUCAAGAAACUGAGGAGACGCACUCGCAGAUCCUCAAGGAAGUGGCCUCGAGGUUCUUCAAGCGGUUCGACAUUGACUACGAGGUCUGGCUGCAGGCGAUCCGCAUCAUUGCGCAGCUGGACUGCCUGACCAGCCUUGCGAAGUCGUCCUCUGCUCUCGGCGUGCCCAGUUGUCGCCCAGUGUUUAUCGACGAAGACCGAAGCGUGGUGGAGUUUAAGGAGCUCCGCCAUCCUUGCAUGACCAACAGCGUUGACGACUUCAUCCCCAACGACAUCAAACUCGGCGGCGACGAAGCCAAGAUCAACCUGCUUACAGGCGCAAACGCAGCCGGCAAGUCGACCAUCCUCCGCAUGUCCUGCAUCGCAGUCAUCAUGGCCCAAAUCGGCUGCUACGUCCCCGCCCUCUCCGCCACACUCACCCCGGUCGACCGCAUCAUGUCACGCCUCGGGGCCAACGACAACAUCUUCGCGGCGCAGAGCACCUUCUUCGUCGAGCUCUCGGAGACCAAAAAGAUCCUCUCCGAAGCCACCCCGCGCUCGCUCGUGAUCCUCGACGAGCUCGGGCGCGGCACGUCGUCGUACGACGGCGUGGCCGUCGCGCAGGCGGUGCUGCACCACGUGGCGUCGCACAUCGGCUGCGUCGGCUUCUUCGCGACCCACUACCACAGCCUGGCGGCCGAGUUCGCCCAGCACCCGGAGGUGCGCGCCCGCCGCAUGCAGAUCGACGUCGACGAGGCCCGAAAGCGCGUCACCUUCCUCUACCGCCUCGAGGACGGUGUUGCUGAGGGCUCGUUUGGCAUGCACUGCGCCGCCAUGUGUGGGAUCCCCACGCGGGUGAUCGAUAGGGCGGAGGUUGCGGCGCGGGAGUGGGAGCAUACUAGUCGGUUGAAGGAGAGUUUGGAGAGGGCGAAGAUGGGGUGCUAUAUCCCGCUGGGCGUGCUUAGUGAUGUGGCGAGCUUGUUGGGGGAUGGGGAGGGGGUGGGCGAGAGGGGGGUCGAGGUGCUGUUGAGGGCUAUUGAGGCGCUUUGAGGGGGUGUUCUUGUUGGGAGGG